AGAGGAGUGUGGAGGUAUGACAGUGAUCGGUAUGUACAGGAGAGGAGUGUGGAGGUAUGACAGUGAUGGGUAUGUACAGGAGAGGAGUGUGGAGGUAUGACAGUGAGGUAUGUACAGGAGAGGAGUACGGAGGUAUGACAGUGAUGGGUAUGUACAGGAGAGGAGUACGGAGGUAUGACAGUGAUGGGUAUGUACAGGAGAGGAGUGUGGAGGUAUGACAGUGAUGGGUAUGUACAGGAGAGGAGUGUGGAGGUAUGACAGUGAUCGGUAUGUACAGGAGAGGAGUGUGGGGGGGUAUGACAG